CAGUGAAAUGACCUGUCUGUCUGUCUGUCUGUCUGUCUGUCUGUCCAGCCUGGUUACAUGGGGAUCCCAGGAAGGUACUCCAUCCAACAGACAGUUAUGGCCAGUUCUGUGGUCAGAAGGAAACUACCAAUGCUGAGACCAGGCUGAGAUUUUCUCAGAACUGUCACUAUAGACGCAGUGGUAUCCAGAGAGGAAGCCCCUUUCCACUAGAGAGAUGGACAGUUACCGGCUGAUCUUGAGUUAUAGGAAGAAACCCAUCCUUUUCUAUUUCAACAUCUUGAAAUGUACCAACCCGACUAUACUCAUCAACCUACAGUGCCCCACAACUCAGAUGUGUGUGUCAAAGUGCCCAGACAAGUUUGCCACCUACACUGAGAUGCAGUUGCAGCACAAACUCGGCAAGAGUUCCUGGGAAUAUUACAGACAGUUCUGUAAGCCUGGCUUUAACAACCCUGACAAGCCAGUGUCUCAGGUUCUACGAGAUGAGGACUGUCCCUCCAUGAUUGUACCUAGCAGACCAUUUCUCCAGAGAUGUCUACCAGACUUCAUCACGCUGAAUGGGACUGUGACUGUAGCAAACAGAACCAGGUUUAAAGACGCUCUGGAAAUGGCACGCAGUGUUACUGAACUCCAACAUGCUGCCAAGGGUAUAACAGAACUAAUGGACACUAAGGAGCUGGGCAUGAAGAUAGUGGAAGAUUACGCCAAGUCAUGGGCAUGGAUACUCAUAGGUCUGCUGUUAUCCUUGGCUGUUAGUCUGGUCUUCAUCCUGCUGCUGAGGUUCACAGCUGGUUUGCUGUUGUGGACUACCAUCAUCGCUGUCAUCCUGCUGCUGGCAUACGCUAUGUGGUACUGCUCCACGGAGUUAUCCCAGAUCAGACACAGACCAGGCUCUGAUGUUGCCAUUGUAGAAGUUGGCCUGCACACUGACCUGCAGGUCUAUCUACAGCUCACACAGACGUGGAUCAUAUUAUUGGUGUCUCUGGGAGUGACAGAAGCUUCCAUCUUGUUGAUGUUGAUCUUCUUGAGGAGAAGAGUCCGAGUGGCUAUCGCCCUGCUUAGAGAGGCUAGCAAAGCCAUCGGUCACAUCAUGUCCACGCUUUUCUUUCCAGUCAUCACUUUUCUCUUGUUGACUGUUUGCAUCUCCUACUGGGCGGUUACUGCCGUUUACCUAGCCUCCUCAGGUGAAGCCAUCUACAAAGUGAUGUCUCCUGAUGGGAGCUGCCCCUAUGCCAACAGUACUUGCAACCCUGAGACCUUCAACGGAACCAACAUCUCCAAAACAGCGUUGUGUCUGGGUUCUCAGUGUCUGUUUGCCUUCUAUGGCGGGGAGACAUCCUACCACCGCUACCUCUUCCUGCUGCAGCUGUCCAACCUGCUGGUUUUCCUCUGGUUGGUCAACUUCAGCUUGGCCCUGGAGCAGUGCACCCUGGCUGGGACGUUUUCUAGCUACUACUGGGCCAAGAGGAAGCCUCAUGAUAUCACACCGUUCCCACUUCUUUCAUCAUUCUGCAGGGCUAUCAGGUAUCACACAGGGUCUUUGGCAUUUGGUUCUCUAAUUCUUGCAGUUGCCCAACUGGUCCGAAUCAUACUGGAAUACCUGGAGGAGAAACUAAAAGGUGCUGACAACAGCCUGUCCAAGUUCAUAAUGCACUGUCUGAAAUGCUGUUUCUGGUGUUUGGAGAAAUUCAUACGCCACAUGAACCGUAAUGCUUAUAUCAUGGUGGCAGUCUAUGGUAAGAACUUCUGCACCUCAGCUCGAGAAGCCUUCUUCCUCCUCAUGAGGAACGUGGUCAGGGUUGCAGUUCUGGACAGAGUGACAGACUUUCUGUUGUUUCUGGGCAAAGUGCUGAUAGCAGGAGGAGUUGGUGUGGUUGCGUUCUUCUUCUUUACUAGGAAGAUCCCUGUUUUCCAGGAGGAAGUGCCCAAUCUCAACUGCUACUGGGUCCCCCUACUGACGGUGGUGAUAGGCGCCUACCUGAUUGCCCACAGUUUCUUCAGCGUUUACGCCAUGUGUGUUGACACGCUCUUCCUCUGCUUUUGUGAUGACCUGGAGAGGAAUGAUGGUAGUUCGGAAAAACCUUUCCUCAUGUCCCCAGAGCUACACAGAAUACUGGGGAAAUCCAGUCAGUUGCGUUGAUAUCCUGUCCUCCUCUCCACUGCAUCAGCAGCCAGUCUGAUCAGUCUGUGAGACACAAACCGUCCUGGGUGGACAAAUCCAAGAGAUGUCUUGCUCCCCUCUCUGAACAAAUGUGAGACUACAGAAGGACAAUGAUCUCUAUAACACCAGACAAUCUGUGGUCUGAUCAGUUUAGUACUAAACAUGUGUCGAGACACAGGAGGAUAAUUCCUCAUGAAAUCUAAAUUUCCCAGCAACUCACCACAUGUCAGGAAUGUAUGAAACCAACAGUAAAAUCAGAAUCAGAAGGACUGACUCAAAAAAUAAAGGAGACCUAACAUGAUUACGUUUACAUUAAAAUGCGGCAGCUGCUAAUUGACUGAAGUGUUGAUAAAUGUGUUUUAGUGCCAUUGCUGGUCUGACAGGGUCCUUGGAAGUAAGAACAAAUAUUGAAGCCUUCAAAUGAAUAAGUGAGAAGAACAUUUUUUUUGUAUUAAGAUUCAGUGCAUGUGUUUGAAAAACCCUUACCUUUUUAUGCGUCGUGUGAUGAAUGUUCAAAAACGUCUUGCGUGAACCAAAAUCCAGGACACCAGGAAUGUUGUUCCUUCACCUCACAGUACUCAAGACAGUAAAGUGUGUACUGGAAUUUCAGGCCUGUGUUUCCAACCAAUAUUUACAAACCUCACAUUCUUCACUCAUGUUCCACAGUAUUAGGAUAUAAAAGGGGAUGCUACCCAGGAUUUUUUAUUUAUUUAAUCAGUAUACACUGUAAUAACAUAAAUACCUCUUGAGCAGGAAUAUGAUGAAAACACUGUUUACUUCACAAUGUGUUACAAAUAAUUUUCUUUUUCUAUGUAAAGUCAAGGUUAAAGUUUUAAACUAUUUAUACUCCCUGUUAAUUCUUGUAAGAGCAACUGAA